AGCUUUGAGGCCGUGCAGAUGAUGCGGCCUUUGGAAUCACGGCACCCGUGCAGUAGCAAUGGGGUUCUAAUGGUAGAGAGCAGAUUCUGGAGCCAGACCGCCGGCUUCCCAGUCCUACCUCUGCCGCAGACUAGUGAUUGUUAGUAUGCUUCAGUUUCCUUAUCUGCAAAAUAAGUGUAAUGCCUAAGUCAUUGAGUUUUUGUGGAUUUAAUAAGUUAUUGCACAGUAAGUGCUUAGAACAGAACUAGUUAUUUUAUUAGUUUUUAUAUUCCCUAGAGCAAGCAGGGGGUGAAGCAGGGUUUCACCAAUGAAUGAAUAACCUUUGGAGAAAAGUUCUUUCCUGGGCCACUAAUAUCAGAGAAGCAAGAUGAGAGGGCUCAUUGGUGGGGAAGAGGUCCACUUCCAAGAAAGCUCUCUCCGCCGGGUGGUCUGAAGGGCGCAGGGCAACCGGAAGCCGGCAGGCCCGCGCUCUGGCGACCAAUGCGGCCGCUGGGGUAGAGGGGGUGGGGCGCCCGCCAGCCCUUUCCGUCUGGAGCGCAGCGGUUCCGCCCCUUGGAACGUGUGACGUUAGAGCAUUCCACCGUUGCUACAUCGUCGCGAGGGGCCGGGCGCCUGUCAGGGAAGCGGCGCGCGCUGGCGCAGGCGGGCCGGGGUUCCACCGCGCAGUGCCAGCACGAGCAGCAAGCCCGCACCCCGCGCUUCCCGGCCCGCCGCCUGCGUUCUGGCUCGCGAGCCCACACUUCGGUCCUUCCCGUGCGCUGUCGAAGUAUGGAGCUGCUGUGCUGUGAGGGCACCCGGCAUGCGCCCCGGGCCGGGCCGGACCCGCGGCUGUUGGGGGACCAGCGUGUCCUGCAGAGCUUGCUCCGUCUGGAGGAGCGCUACGUGCCCGGCGCCUCUUACUUCCAGUGCGUGCAGAGGGAGAUCAAGCCUCACAUGAGGAAGAUGCUGGCGUACUGGAUGCUGGAGGUAUGUGAGGAGCAGCGCUGUGAGGAGGAAGUCUUCCCGCUGGCCAUGAACUACCUGGAUCGCUACCUGUCCUGUGUCCCCACCCCCAAGGCGCAGUUGCAGCUCCUGGGGGCAGUCUGCAUGCUGCUGGCCUCCAAGUUGCGUGAGACUACUCCACUGACCAUCGAAAAAUUGUGCAUCUACACCGACCACGCUGUCUCUCCCCGCCAGAUGCGGGACUGGGAGGUGCUGGUCCUGGGGAAGCUCAAGUGGGACCUGGCUGCCGUGAUUGCCCAUGAUUUCCUGGCCCUGAUUCUGCACCGGCUCUCUCUGCCCAGUGAUCGACAGGCCUUGGUCAAAAAGCAUGCUCAGACCUUUUUGGCCCUCUGUGCCACAGAUUACACCUUUGCCAUGUACCCACCAUCCAUGAUCGCCACAGGCAGCAUUGGGGCUGCAGUGCAAGGCCUGGGUGCCUGCUCCAUAUCUGGAGAUGAGCUCACGGAGCUGCUGGCAGGGAUCACAGGCACUGAAGUGGACUGCCUUCGGGCCUGUCAGGAGCAGAUUGAAGCUGCACUCAGGGAGAGCCUCAGGGAAGCCGCCCAGACCUCCCCCAGCCCAGCACCCAAAGCCCCCAGGGGCUCUGGCAGCCAGGGGCCCAGCCAGACCAGCACUCCCACAGAAGUCACAGCCAUCCAUCUGUAGCCCCGGAGAGGCCCCCUCUAGUGGCCACUGACAGCAGAAGAGGGGACAUGGCCACCCCCCCUCCCUGCCUGCCAAGAAUGGACGACUGAAGUCUGGGGGGGCUCCUUCCUGUUUUCCUUUUGCUAAAUAGAGGGGCAGGUCCUACCUAUUCCUGCAGUGUGCACUAAGGGGCCCCGGCCAGCCACAUCUGGGUGGACAGUCAGGCCCCUCUCUCCCUGCCUCUGACCAGCUCAGCUCCUUCCCUGGCUGCGGGUGGGUCAGGCUGGUCAGAGACAAAAUUGAAGUACGUGAAAUAUAUGUAUCAGCAUUCCUUUUUGAGGCCCCUUAUCUUAGGGGUUCUCAUGUUCUCCAAAAUACCCUGGUGCCUUAUAAAGGUGCUGUACCUUCUAGAAUUACAUUUGGAUUGGGGUCUUUCUGAAGAAAUUUCCAAUAUUCUGAGAGACACAGUCUGGACAGCUCUUCUCAACACACUUUGGAGAUCCCUGCAUCCAAGCUAACAGCUGCUCCUAGAGGGAGGGGUGCAGGCCUCUGCCAGAGGUUCAAGAAUCAACCAAUUCCUCCUUGCUUUGCUUUCUGCUCAGCUUCUCCUAUGUGAUGGGGGAGGGGUGUCAGUGCUGAAGGAAGAGGUUGUUUUAAUUUAUUAAUUGCAUUGAAUACAGCUGUUAAGAGUGGUGGGGCCCAUUUUCCCCACAAGAGGUGGUAAUCCAAUCCUGGUGGUUGCUGCAUCCUUCCCCUCUGCUACUAGAGGAUCUUUGCAACCAAGGAGCUGCUACAGCCUGGGGAGUCAUCAGGCCCUCUCCUUUUGGCCUUCUGCCCCAUCCUUCAGCAGGGGAGGAAGCAGGGAUGACCCGGAGGUGACCGAGUGCCCUGUCUGAGGGGAGGCAAGCCCUGUUGACACAGGUCUUUAAUAAAGAUUGUGGUAUAACAUUG